GGUGGACUUGCUGUUAGAUGUAGUGUUAGGAUUGGAUGAUGAUAGUGAUGAUAUCUCAUCUAAUUGCUUCUUCAUAAAUUCUCCUUAUGAGCUCCUAUUGGUAUUGCAUACCAUCAUGAACUAAUUGACGUAUUGUUUAGUUAAUUGUUGUCAGCUUGCAUAACAUUAUUCUCCUUAUAUCCAACUUUGUCUGCCUUUCAUGUACUUUUGGUCAAGUUUCUUAGUCUCAUGUAUAUUUCUUGGUUAAGAGGUUGCUUUACUAGGAUAUUAUAUUCUUCAAUCUUCUUCAAGUAGUUAUCUGAUUGAAAAUGGAAAUUCUGCUUUUGGCCCCGAAAACCUUAUACGAGCUUUGGGACAUUUCUUUGACAAACAUUUGGUUUCUCAAACCUUUUGCUUCAGAUUGGAAAAGCUGCUCUAGAUGCUAGGCCAAAUGGGCUUAAGCUUUCUUUACGCCAUUUAUCGAUGCUUUUAUUGAAUCCAAUUCCCACUAUUACAGUUUUCACAUGCUGCUGUUUCAGGUUUUAUAUGACGUCUUCUCAUUGGAUUUGAAGCUGAUUCACAUCUUACUAAAACUCUUACUGUAUACUCUGCAGAGCUAUGUAUUAUUCAUGAUGAAAGAACUGUUCUAAAUCCACGAAGAGUGAUGCGCGCUUUAAGCUUAUACACCAACAACUUCAAUUUAACAAGACAGCAGGAUGCUUCAGAAGCUUUUCUUCAUCUCUUGUCGUCACUGAAGAAUGAGAGCUCCCACAAUUACGUGCUACACAGUAGUUCUCUUGCCAACAUUACCUCUUCUUCCUCUAGGAUAUAUAACCAGAAGGCAGGAGACCAGCAUGAAUUUGAGAGAUGAGACAAAUUCUUUUUGGUCCAUUUGAAGGCACCAUUGGAAGCAUAUUAACUUACAGAAGUUGUUCAUCUCUGCUUUUAGUUGACUUUGAGAGUUUCCACUGCUUGCCACUCUCACCUGUGCUGGAUAGAAGUGAAAAUAUUAUUGAUGGAUGUACUUUGAUGGAUUGUCUGAAGCAUUUUACUGCUGUAGAGCAUCUAGAAAGCUACCAUUGCAGUCGAUGCUGGCAUAUCGCUGUCAUAAAGCACUUAUCUCUUAAAUCAGAAAAAGACGAGGUAAUUUUGAUGAUUCUGAGGCUUCUUUCAUCAACAUACAGAGGAUCGAAGUUUGAUCAUGAAUAAUUUGCUAAAAUGCAGCGAACCUCUUAUAUAUCUUGUUUUCUGCAUUGUCCCCUGAAAUUUUCAAUACUGACAUUUUACCCUGUUAAUCUGUGAGCAAUCAAAUCAAUCAAUCUCGCCUAACAGGGUCCUAAUGAAUAUGAACUGAAGAAACCUAGUUUAGCUUUCACAUUAGAUUUUGUGCACAACAGGAAAGUUAGGACCAAAUGGGAGUGAGGUU